AUGCCAUUCAGUAACACCCACAACAAGUACAAGCUGAACUUCAAGCCUGAGGAGGAAUACCCAGACCUCAGCAAGCACAACAACCACAUGGCCAAGGUACUGACCCUUGAGCUCUACAAGAAGCUGCGGGACAAGGAGACGCCAUCUGGUUUCACUCUGGACGAUGUCAUCCAGACAGGUGUGGACAACCCAGGUCACCCCUUCAUCAUGACCGUGGGCUGUGUGGCUGGUGACGAGGAGUCCUACGUGGUUUUCAAGGACCUCUUUGACCCCAUCAUCCAGGACCGGCACGGGGGCUACAAACCCACCGACAAGCACAAGACCGACCUCAACCAUGAGAACCUCAAGGGUGGAGACGACCUGGACCCCCACUACGUGCUCAGCAGCCGCGUCCGCACGGGCCGCAGCAUCAAGGGCUUCUCGCUGCCACCGCACUGCUCCCGCGGUGAGCGCCGAGCCGUGGAGAAACUCGCCGUGGAAGCCCUCAACAGCCUGACGGGAGAGUUCAAGGGGAAAUACUACCCUCUGAAGAACAUGACAGAGAAGGAGCAGCAGCAGCUCAUCGAUGACCACUUCCUAUUUGACAAGCCUGUGUCCCCACUGCUGCUGGCUUCAGGCAUGGCCCGAGACUGGCCCGAUGCCCGUGGCAUCUGGCACAAUGACAACAAGAGCUUCCUGGUGUGGGUGAACGAGGAGGACCACCUCCGAGUCAUCUCCAUGGAGAAGGGGGGCAACAUGAAGCAGGUUUUCCGCCGCUUCUGCUUGGGGCUGCAGAAGAUUGAGGAGAUCUUCAAGAAAGCCGGCCACCCCUUCAUGUGGAACGAGCACCUGGGCUACGUGCUGACCUGCCCAUCUAACCUGGGCACCGGGCUGCGUGGAGGCGUGCAUGUGAAACUAGCGCACCUGAGCAAGCAUCCCAAAUUCGAGGAAAUCCUCACUCGUCUGCGCCUGCAGAAGCGGGGCACAGGUGGCGUGGACACGGCCGCCGUGGGCUCAGUGUUCGACGUGUCCAACGCCGAUAGGCUGGGCUCGUCGGAGGUAGAACAGGUGCAGCUGGUGGUGGAUGGUGUGAAGCUCAUGGUGGAGAUGGAGAAGAAGCUGGAAAAGGGCCAGUCCAUCGACGACAUGAUCCCCGCCCAGAAGUAG